GACAUAAUUGGGCAGGAUAGUUAAAGCACGCACUUGGAGUGUUAGUCGAUACAAAAGAUAACCGUGUACUCUUAUCUUUUGAGAAAGAGCUCAAAUUAUCCAAAAGCAUAGCUGUUUAAACGAUGGAUUUUAACAUAAUUCUUGUUCUGUGCAGUAUAUUCGUAGUUUCUGUGGCAGUGGACUUUGGAAAUGAUGUCCCACAAGAAACCUCGGGUCUGUCUCAUCUACAUGGCAAAGAUGCCAACCUACUACAACGCCUGGAGUUCACAGAAAAGCUAGUACAACAGCUUCUCGGACGUGUGGAAUAUCUCGAGAAACGAGAAAAGGAUCAACAACAAGAGAAUCAGAACCUUCGCAAACAACUUGGUAAAGCAGACGAGCGCAACAGAUUUCGUCGCGCAGAAAACGAGAACCCGGUCGCCUUCUUUGCUGCUAUAACAAAUCACGUGACACACGCCGGAGUCAAUCAAACGUACGUAUUCGACCACGCCAUAACAAACCUUGGUAAUGCCUAUAACAACCACAAUGGUAACUUUGUUGCCCCCGUUGACGGAACCUACGUCUUUUCCGUUACUCUGAUGUCACUGUACCAUGUGAAUGCGCAUGCUAAAUUCUUCAAAAACGGACAGCCUGUUAGUAUUUUGUAUGUAAGCGGAGGCGAGGCGGGCUAUGACACAACAAGCCAGACUAUUGUUCUUCAGUUACAAAAAGGAGACGAUAUUUCUGUUCACAAUAUAGACGUUGACGCUUCGAUGGCGGGAGGACAUUACAGUACCUUUUCCGGCUUCCUGCUUCAAGAGAACUACUCUUCUUCUGUCGUCGUUGGAAGGAAAUAGGAAUGAGUUUCUAUGUUGCUCUGUAAAAAUAAAAAGAAUGCAUUUCGUAUAA